UUUCUUUUUUAAAUGAAUAUGUGAUCCAACCUUUUUGUGCCAGAAUGUAUUACGUUAUCUCACUGUAUAUUCAGCGUCUACAUAUUACUGAGUACUGAGUAAAAAAAUUUUCGCCUCUACGUAAUUCAACACGAAUCGCGUCAUGAAUCAAUGAUUUAGUCGCAUAAAAAAUAAUAAAAAUAAGAUUUUAUAUAUGCCACGAGACGGAUUUCGGACUGAGAUAAGUGAGCAUGAGAUACAGAAUGUUCCACCAAGAAUACCCACGGUAAAAUUUAUGACGAUUCGAUGAUAAUUUAAAUGUACACUUGAGAGAGAACUCCCAAUAGUUUCGACCAAACGUGUAAACAUCGGAUUAAGGUUUAGUUUAAUAAUGUGGCUUCUAUACUUUACACCUGUUUACUUUACAACCUGCGUUCGUUGCGAUAUCUAUAUAAAUACAUGUUAUAAUGCAGGUAUAUAUCGAGCAUCCGGAUCCAGCUUCUUAUCAAUACGCUGCAAGAAACAACUGAAGGACAAUUAUUUCAAAGAACACGAUGAAAAAGACGACAAUCUUUACUGUUCUAAUCGCCAUCAUGAUAGGCCUAUUACAACUGUACCUACCAAACAAGUAUAGCUAUCUUUACGGCAAUGAUACAGGAGGCUCAAGAUUAAUGAAUGUGCUAAGGCUGGGUAAGGGGAUCCUAGAUUUCUGGAAAGAGAGUCGACGUUAUAUAGCCGAACAGGUACCGGACACGACACCGGAAUUUGGAGACACAUUUGAUUUUAUAGUGAUCGGCGCUGGUACGGCUGGUGCGACUAUAGCCGCGAGGUUAAGCGAAAUUUCUCAGAUUAAGGUGUUACUAAUCGAAGAUGGACCCCAUGAAAGUCUAUACAUGGAUGUACCGUUAAUUGCUGGCAUACUGCAAACAACCAAUAUCAACCGAAAACAUCAGACCAAGCCAUCCGAUAAGUACUGUCUAGGCAUGGAAGGAAACAGUUGUGUUUUUCCAACAGGAAAAGUAGUUGGCGGCAGUAGCGUACUAAAUUAUAUGAUAGCAAGCAGAGGCGGCGCCGAAGAUUACGAUCGCUGGGCCGAGAUGGGAAACAAAGGCUGGGCAUAUCAGGACGUUCUCAAGUAUUUCAAAAAGCUGGAAACAAUGGAAAUCCCGGAGCUGAAAUCGGAUAAUGACUACCAUGGUACUAAUGGACCAGUACAUAUCGCAUACCCGCCA